GGAUAUACAGGAUGUUCUAUAAAAAAGAUCUUUUGCAAAAUUUGUAUUAACUGUAAGUGAUUCGUGUAAUUUAUCGCUUGUUGUAAAUUGGUAUGUCCAUAAUUGCCACAUGUGUAAAAUUAUAAACAUAUAAAUAAAAGAAAAGAUAAGGAUUGUAAUUGGAAUUAUUAGUGAGAGAUUGUCUUCUUUUUGGAAAAAUAAUGAUAAUUAUUUUGUUAGAUUGUAUUUUGGGCUAUAUCAAAUCACGGAAUAGAAGUCGACAAGGAUGUUUAGUUCGUUGAGACUGGCAACAAUGCGCUCACACAAGAGCCGAGCUAGACCGGGAAGUGUCGCCACAUCCGCGAGUUCCGACUCAACAAGAACGGAAGAGACGCUCACACAGAUACAGUAUCAUCCUCAUAGCUUUCUGUUAUUGAACGAUCAAGAAACGAACAUUAUUGGCGCCUUAUCGUCGCUUUCCAGCGUUUCAUCGAAGGUCGCGCAAGUGAGAGUGGAGCGCGAGGAUGGUAGUCUCGGUGUGACUCUUCGCGGAGGGAUGUCAAGGGCAUUGGUAGUGACGGGGGUGAAAGCAGAUGGUCCAGCCGCCAGAGAGGGUAGAGUCAGGCCCGGAGAUCGGUUAUUGGCUGUGGACGAUACUGAAUUGAGGGGACUCACUCUAGCAGAGGCACAACGCGCGCUUAGAAGGAGUUCAGACACACCGAUCGCGUCUCUCACAAUUGAGUACGACGUUGCAAACAUGGAACAAGCACGCGCAGCCACUUCGGGUCCAUUACUCGUUCAAUUGGAACGUGGACUCUCAGGAGAGCUUGGUUUAACUGUAAGAGAGACAUCAAAUGGAGUUUACAUCGACAGUCUUCGCCCGGCAAGCACAGCAGAUCGGUGUGGUGCGUUGCAGGCAGGAGAUCGACUAUUAGCUGUGGAUGACAUGCCUGUUCAGGAUGCGGUGACUGCUGCCAAGCUGCUUAGAAACAAUUCCGAAAGUUGUCGCACCGCCAGAAUACAGAUAUUACCGCGACCACCGAGCGCAAGGACAGUCAAAAGAAAGGCACAGCCACAGGCUCAACAAAACUCAAAUCAAACUCUGCAAAUAAAAGAGAGCUUGACCGUUGUUCUUCGACCGGACCAUCGAGGUUUCGGACUUGCACUUAAAUUAACCGAAGAUCGUAUGAAUUAUAUAGUGAGCUUGCUGGAAGCUGGCGGUCCAGCGGAACGAAGUGGCAUUCUUUUACCUGGCGAUAAGGCUAUUGCGAUCAAUCGGAGAAUGUUACGCGAUUUGCAACCAUCUGAAGUAAUCAACAUAUUGGAGACAUCACAGAUGAUCGAAUUAGUGAUAGAGUACAAAGUGGGUGGUUCGGUGGUACCAAAUUCCGGAAUCUUUACGGUGAGAGUGGCUAAGCCAUUAGGCAGUCAGCCUGAUCUGGGUCUCACGGUAAACGAAGAUUUAGUAAUCACAGAAGUCCGCCGAGGAUCGCUCGCUUAUCGAACUGGUAGUUUAGCAUCUGGAGAUAGAUUGCUUGCAAUAGAUGGUCAAAAAUUGGAUCCUGGGGAUUUGAGACAAGCAGCUCAAUUAUUGCAUCGACCUGGCGGAUCGGUGGUUGCUUUAACUGUUAGGAAGUCAGAUACUAACACGGAAAUAAGGUAUGAUAUAUAAAACAUUUUCUACAAAAGCUCACAGUAAUAAUGUUUUCUACUGGAAAAAUUGGUGCAGCAGUAGCACCAAGUUUUUUGUUUUUAACAAAAUGUGUCAUGAUAUAUAAAUUUUAUCUAAGGAAACUUAUUUUUUUAUUAUAUUAUGAUAAGAUAUUAUAAAAGGCUUAUUUGGGACUUAUAGAAUACUUAAGUUCUAAAAAUCUUAAUAAAAAAAUAAAAAUAGGUCAAAAAUUCUGUCAGAAUUGCAAGUAAUUUUUAAUAUUGAUAAAGUAUAAUAAAAUUAAUGAUUUACUUUACUUUAGUGAUACUUGUAUGCGAUAUAAAAAUAGAGAAUUGUUUUACAUAAUUUCAGUUUGAUGUUUACGAAAAUAUCAUGUUCUUUCAUUUUUACAUAUUAUACUCGUAUUUCCUAUCUUUGUAUCACAGAGUAAAAUAAUAAGAUA